AUGGACUCGGCAGAGGAGGUUAUAAUGGAAGCCCUGUGUGAGAACCUCAUGGAUAUGCGGGGAACUCCGAUACUUCUCCUGGUCAAAUCGGAAACAAAUAUCAGCAGAUUAUUUGAAACUUGCCGUUCGCACCAUAUGCUCAAUGUUCUGGCUUUGAUCGGGUCGAAUCUGGAGUUUAUAUACAGCUACCGUGCAUUCCCCAACAUUAAAUUGGUCCGGAGGAGAAUAACCCAAGUUAGUAGGUUCUUCGAAGACCAACUCAAGGAUCUUCAAGGUUAUCCCAUCGCCACGAUUCCUUACAACCUGCUGCCGCGAUCUGUGAUAUACAGGGACAAGGACGGACGUCGCCAGAUGACCGGUUACCUCACCCACUUCUACAGGAACUUUGCACGGACCUUGAACACCUCUCUACGGGUCUGUUGGGAUCUGGUUCCGGAGGACGAGACUCCUAGUCAUAAUGUCACUGCCAUGCAGCUUCGGGAUGGUCUGGUAGAUUUUCCACUGGUGCUCACUACACUCGCUCCGGAACCUUUCUACCCCAGCCAUGUGGGGGAGAUAACCAGUUGGUUCUUGAUGCUGCCCGUGGAACCAGAUAUGCCAACCUCCAGUCUUUAUUUCAACCUUAAAGGCUGGCGCUACUUCUUGGGCCUGAUGAUUAUUUUGGCCUUACUGCUGGCCAAUGCCCAUCGCUUGGAAUCCGGUGAGGGAUUCUUGACCCUGCGAUGCGGGGAUAUCUUUGGAGAUCAUGUACUGAGAGCCAUUCUAGCUCAGUCCUUCGUCAUGCCGAACAGACUCUCUUUCAGCAGAACUCUUUUAUACAGCCUGCUGAUGAUGGCAGGGCUGAUAGUUAGCACCUUUUACAGUGCUAAUCUUGCAACGCUACUCGUUCAUCCGCCAGCUGCGUAUAAAAUUCUGAGUUAUGCCGACCUCAGGAAAACCCACGGGAAGAUCCUAAUCUCGCAGCAGGAACUGCCCACACUGAAUGAUUCUAUUGGAAAGGAAGUUUUGGAGAGAAACUUAGACACCUUUGAGAUAACCCCUUCCGUGGUUGAGUUUUUGACCAAACGAAAUGAGCUCAAUAAUUCCUUUGGCUAUCCGGUGACCAACACCUUGUGGCCCUUUCUCAAGCUGAAACAGAUUAAAAUGCAGCGACCCGUCUUUCGGAAGUCCAAUGAAAUAAGUUUUAAGCAAUUUAUACCUGUCACGAUGCCAAUGGCCAGGAACUCUGUAUAUCGCGACGUGUUUAACAGAUAUCUCAGCCGGACAUUGGCCAGUGGGUUAUACGACCUGUGGUUCCGAAGAUCCUAUCACGAACUGAUAGCCGUGGGAAAGCUGAACUACAGUGUGGAUCAUGUAGAGCCGCCCUACCACGAUCUCGUUUGGGGGGACCUGUACUACGUGUGGGUGGCCUAUAUUGGAGGAACUGCAGUCAGUCUGCUGGCACUGCCCAUUGAGAUAGUCUACUUCAAGUGGCAUCAAAAGGUCUUCUAUUGGAAAACGACCUAG